AUGGACCAUAACUACUGGAACGUAGACGACUUUAUCGCCGACUCGCAACGCUUACCAUGUACGUUCAACAUGGACGUGCCCAACAUGGGCCAGAUCCAGUCAACUGAAGAACGCGACAUCAAGGCGCUUACGCGUGUCGAGCUGCCAUUUUGGUUGGCAGAGCUGAUGGCGCUCAACAACAUUGUCUCGAUCAACAAACCCAAAUCCUUUUCGACUCGUGUCAAAGCAGCACUUGACGCAAAUCCGGCAUCGGUACAAUUGAGGAAUCAGAACAUACACUGGUAUGCGCUCGGUGCGCGACUCGCUCAACUCAUGGACGAUGACGAUACGGAAAUGCAGGUACUCUCAAAAGCAUAUACCGGCCGUAUCGCUCAGAUCUUUCAACAAUCGCAGCACCUGUCCACCGCUUCCUCCUUCUCGACCUCUUCCACCACCAACACGGACGCUGACGAUCAAGGGUUUGCAUCAGCACAAGCAAUCGCAGCCAUGGUCUCGGACGGCCCAUCUCUAGGGAUGAGUGCAGGCCACGCCAUGAGCGCUGAAAUUACAGACUUCCUGCAAGGCAUGGAAGAGUCCGAGAGGACAUUGUUACGGAACGGUCAAGAGGGAGCGCGCAUGAUGAAGGACUUUUUGGCAAGCAAUCAGUGA